GUUCAGGCCCUGGUAAUCCUCGCAAUCUUAACUUUCGAAUAGAUCCGCCCAUCUCGGCCCGCACCACGUCCGGGUGCUAAAAGGCAAUGAUGUUGUAGCGAUGGCGAAAUCUGUUCUGAGCAUUGUGCAAGCAAUUUAUCUAUGUUGUCGAUGAGGCAAAUCAGCAACGUCGACUUCUUUUGAACGUCGCUCUUCGCUAUGGGCCAAACAAAACUGGCCGCGCUUCCUCAGUCACCACCUGACGCGCGAAUCAUCUCCGUUUCAUGGCUGGCCGCAUUCUCCAAGUCUCUCGAAGCUGGAGAUGUCGACGGAGUGGUAUCGACAUUCUUUCCGGAUGGCUAUCUUAGAGACAUCCUUAUUUUUACCUGGAAUAAUCGCACAGCGAAAGGUCACACCGCCAUACACGCUUUUCUUGCACCAUCCCUCCAUGCCGCACAAAUCACCAACGUUGUCCUGGAAGAACGUCAGUAUUUCAACCCGGUGUAUGGCGCUAUUGGGCCGAGCAUCUUUGGGGUAUCAACGGGCUUCAUCUUCGAGACGCCCAUUGCCAAGGGACAGGGAUAUGCGAGGCUAGCAGAGGAUGAGAAGGGCGAGUGGAAGGCCUUGUCCGUGUUCUUCAUGAUGGACGAGCUCAAAGGUCACGGCGACUUGUACCCGGAGUCAGGAGUUUAUGGUGGCCAUACUCUUGCUUGGAACCUGGUCAAAGAGCAGAGACAACGGAAAAUUGAGAGCGAUCCCCAUGUUAUCAUCGUCGGCGCGGGCCAGACAGGUCUGAACAUCGGCGCACGGCUGAAGCAAGCAGGAAUACCGACAUUGAUUAUCGAGAAAAACUCGCGUGUCGGCGAUAACUGGCGUAAACGAUACUCUACUCUAACUCUACAUAGUCCGAAGCCGCAUACCGCAAUGAAUUUUCAAGGCUUUCCGGAGACCUGGCCUACCUUCACUCCUCGGGAUAAGCAAGCAGACUGGCUUGAACAGUAUGCUAUCUCCCAAGAUCUCGUCGUGUGGACGCAGUCCACCCUCCAACCGGUACCCAAAUAUGAUCCCGAUACUGCGAGGUGGACAUGCAUAGUCACGCGAGGCGAUAAAUCCCUCCUCCUCAGGCCUGCUCAUAUCAUUGUUGCCUGUGGGACCAUCGGUGCACCUAACAUACCGCCCGUCCUCUCUGCUCCUGUCUUCGAAGGCGAAACCUUCCAUGCCUCGUCCUAUGACGACGGCGCCCCGUACGCUGGGAAGCGUGUAAUUGUGGUCGGCGCAGGCAAUACCUCAGCCGAUGUCUGUCAGGACCUCGUUUUUCAUGGAGCGAAGAGCGUAACAAUGGUACAGCGGACCGUUACCACCAUCGUUUCUUGCGAAAAGAUGACGCGCAUGCUGCAAGGGAACUGGCCACUGGACGUCCCGACCGCUGUGAGCGACUUCAAGUAUUCGAGCAUGCCGUGGGGGUUAAUGAGGGAAUUCGCAAGGGAAAGUUCGAAGAAAAGGGACCCCGAUGACAUGGAUACGGCUAUGCUAGAGAAACUGGAAGCAAAGGGUUUCAAGCUCGGCAAUGGGCCGAAAGAUAAUAGUGGACAGGUUUUCCUCGUAUUUGAGCGCUUUGGAGGAUACUGGUUGGACGUCGGCGUUGCCGAUCUCAUUCAUGAAGGAAAAGUCAUGAUCAAAUCAGGCGUCGAGGUUUCUCAAUUUACACCGAAAUCCGUGAUCUACAGCGACGGUUCUGAGCAAGAAGCCGAUGUGGUCAUCUUUGCGACCGGCUACAAGAGUGUAUUGGAGAGCUUGAAGCCUCUUUUCGGAGACGAAGUCAUUGGAAAGACAGAACUCUGGGGAUUUGAUGACGAAGAAGAGUUGAAAGGGUGCUAUCGUCCUUCUGGCCAGCCUGGUCUAUGGUAUGGGGCGGGAAAUUUCUACGUCUCUCGAUUCUACUCCAAACAAUUGGCCUUAGAAAUCAAGGCAAUUGAGCUCGGAUAUAUGAAGCAGUGACAUAUGUAGUACUUCUCUGGCGACCAUUGUUAUAACAUAAUGUAAUCGUAGAUAUGAAUGAUCAAUGGUAAUGCAUGUU